UCGUCACCUGGCUACAGACACUGCCAGCCAUGUUCUGCCUCUAACACACACGUUUACUGGGGCUUUUUUUGCAUUUUAAGGCAACAAUAAAGAGCAGGUAUUUUUGCUAUUUUCAUCAAGAGCAUUUUUUACAGGUCCGACGCUUUGUAGGAAGCCUCUAGCCCCAGUCCCAGAGCGGGAACAUGUCCUCCAGCGCGCGGCGGAGGUGCGGCGGUGUGGAGCUGCUGCUGCUGCUCUCGCUCUCCGGCUGUUCGGCGAUGGACGUUAUCGUUCCGAGCUCUAUAAAUGCACUGAAUGGAACAACAGUCAAAAUCCCAUGCACGUUCACCUCCUGCUACAAGAUGGACGUCACCAGGUUUGCCAUGAACUGGACUUAUCAAGAGUCAAGCAACGACACGGAGGAGACGGUGAUGUCGUACUACAAGAAGAAAGGGAUGGUGGCGCUGCAGACCAACCCGUUUGGUGAAAGAGUCAUGUUUGCCGGGAACCUGGAUAAAAACGACCUCUCCAUCACGCUGUCGGAUGUCCAGCUGGAGGAUGAGGGUAUUUUCAACUGCUACGUGAGGAAUCCUCCAGAUCGAGUGCAGGGACACGGGAUCAUACACCUGAAAGUUGUGACUGAGUUGCCUCCUCCGAGAGACUCCACCAUCGCAGUUGCAAUAGGGGCAUCGGUGGGCGGAGCCUUGGCGCUGCUCAUCCUCUCCAUGGUGGUGGUGAAGUGCCUCCGUCGACACAUGAAGCCAGAACUGAUAGCAGAGGAGAAGACGGAGGAGGAGGGGAAGCUGGACCCGGAUGUUGUGGCCGAAGAGGGAACCAAGCAAGCGUAAGCCAGAGGAGCCGCGACUGACUUUCAACACAUCAGUAGACAUCUGCUUUCCCGACCUGCGGGACCGAACCAGUUCCAUCCAUCUCUCUGCAUGUGUGAAGAACGAGGGACGCAAGGGUCCAUGUGCUGCGUGUGUGCCUGUCGUGUGUGUGUGUGUGUGUGAGAGAGUUUCUAAGCAUAUUUAAAAUGAACCAGGGAAGUCUUCUUUUUAUUCCAAGUUGACGUCUUCCCAUGAGGAGAACAUGGAGUGCACUCAACCACAGGGACGUGUGUCAAGCCACUGGCCAUCCUCUAUCAUCUUUAAUUCCAAGCCUUGGUGAGGCAAUCUGUCGCAGAGUCUCUCCACAUUUUUGGCUCCUUUGUUCCAGUUCACUGCCAUGAACAUCAGUACAAGCGCAAGUAUGAGGCGGCGACGUGAGAGAUGAACCAACCAACCAACUAUAGUAGUAGAGACUUGAUAGAGCAGGGCUCCAGGUGUGUUCACUGUGAUUUAGGUUGAAGUCACGCCUUCGAGGACGUCAAGCCGUCAUGAAAAAAGCAAGUUAGAUUAUUCGAUAUUGCUAAUUUUGCAUUUCAAGUGUCUAAUGGAAGUUUCUAAUUGAUGUCAAUAGGUCUAAUUUAUUUUGUUACUUUAAAUGACAUGAAUUGAUUUGUUUUUGAAAGGGUGUUGGGAUUGCUCCUCUGGUGACUCAUGGGUUCACCCGAGAGUCACCAGAGGAGCAGGCACUGGAACUGGAACCUGGAGUGAAACAAGGCCAAGGCCUGCCACUUCAGCUGAACGCAUCCCCUUCCUGAGCACUGACUCUUCAACGUUCAUUCACCGUCAUUUUAGAGUUUCUCGUCAAGCAACAUUGACUCAGUAACGACACCACGUGUUGCACUGCUGUUGCUCAAGUGGGGCUCCACUCAGAUUACACAUUAAAUGUUCAACUUCAUAAUAUUGUGAUGAGAAAAAAAAGAAACACAAGGAAGGUAUACGAAUAACAACCGUGUUUGCAAAUGUUAUUAUUGUUGAAACAGCGGGACAUGCCUCGUGCCGUCACGGUCACUGACCGUGUAAAUAACCGCAUCGGUUGAACAUGACAGCCGGCUUGCAAACUGUACCUUUAGUGUUGCUGUCUACAUUCCACUUCCCCCAGUCCAUAGAUAGUUUCAAGCCUCCAGCUGAAGACCAACAACAAAUAGAAUUCACAAUCACAUUGUAUUUGUGAUACAUGCACUUUGAAUAUCUGUGAAGGUAGAAAGAUGUAAAGCAUAUUUGCCAUCUGUAUUUCCAAAGCUAUGCCUCUAUAUGUUGUUUUGCACAUUGACGUCCUGUACAUUGGUAUAUAAUCAGACUGAGCAUGUGCACUUGCUGGACAGCGGUCGAGGGAAAGACGUCGUGAAGGUGAUGUACUCCUGUGUUGCUGAGACGUGGCAUGGCGGUCGUAUGGACCACUGUCGGAAUGUUUGAAAUAUGAAACGCAUGCGAUGGGACAAAUUCAUGAAUGUUUGACUGACAGGCCUCCUGUUUCACAAGUAACGUGUCAGUGACACACUGUCCCGAGGGCGGGCAUUGCAUCAUUAGUGUGUGUCCUUACUCCGGAAUGUAUAGAGGAUUUUGUCAUGAUCUUUCAUUUUUCUUUCUUCUUUGUUUCGUGUCAGUGUAAACAGCCGCACUGCAAGGUUCUGCUCUGUUCUACUGCAGCUUUAUCCGCUGUUUUUAACAAGGUAAAUGGAGGUAUUUUGGGAAACUUGUCUGUGUUUUGAACAGAUAUCAACUUUUUGAAUAUUCAGAUCAACAUGCCAGUUCACUACCGGCCUGUGUUGCAUGGCACAAGCCUGGGGGGGUUUAUGGCUUCAACUUGUCCAGACAGGAAGUCAUUCAAAGAGAAGUAUUCUGUAUUUGGUCAAUUUAGAGUUUGAAUUACAUUUUGGCUCUUUGGUUAGCAUGACACGACAGUAACCCGUCACGUCAGCACAGUGACGCUUCACUGACGCGAAACUUUGGUUAGCAUGACACGACAGUAACCUGUCACGUCAGCACAGUGACGCUUCACUGACGCGAAACUUUGGUUAGCAUGACACGACAGUAACCCUUCACUUCAGCACAGUGACGCUUCACUGACGUGAAACUUUGGUUAGCAUGACACGACAGUAACCUGUCACUUCAGCACAGUGACGCUUCACUGAGGCGACACUUUGGUUAGCAUGACACGACAGUAACCUGUCACGUCAGCACAGUGACGCUUCACUGACGCGAAACUUUGGUUAGCAUGACACGACAGUAACCCUUCACUUCAGCACAGUGACGCUUCACUGACGCGACACUUUGGUUAGCAUGACACGACAGUAACCCGUCACGUCAGCACAGUGACGCUUCACUGACGCGAAACUUUGGUUAGCAUGACACAACAGUAACCCGUCACGUCAGCACAGUGACGCUUCACUGACGCGACACUUUGGUUAGCAUGACACGACAGUAACCCGUCACGUCAGCACAGUGACACUUCACUGACGCGACACUUUGGUUAGCAUGACACGACAGCAACCCUUCACUUCAGCACAGUGACGCUUCACUGACCCGACACUUUGGUUAGCAUGACACGACAGCAACCCUUCACUUCAGCACAGUGACGCUUCACUGAGGCGACACUUUGGUUAGCAUGACACGACAGCAACCCUUCACUUCAGCACAGUGACGCUUCACUGAGGCGACACUUUGGUUAGCAUGACACGACAGUGACCCUUCACUUCAGCACAGUGAUGCUUCACUGAGGCGAAACUUUGGUUAGCAUGACUCGACAGUAACCCUUCACUUCAGCACAGUGACGCUUCACUGAGGCGACACUUUGGUUAGCAUGACACGACAGCAACCCUUCACUUCAGCACAGUGACGCUUCACUGAGGCGAAACUUUGGUUAGCAUGACACGGCAGUAACCCGUCACUUCAGGACAGUGACGCUUCACUGAGGCGAAACUUUGGUUAGCAUGACUCGACAGUAACAUGUCACUUCAGCGCAGUGAAGGUUCACUGACGCGACACUUUGGUUAGCAUGACACGACAGUAACCCUUCACUUCAGCGCAGUGACGCUUCACUGGCGCGAAACUUUGGUUAGCAUGACACGACAGUAACCCGUCACUUCAGGACAGUGACGCUUCACUGAGGCGAAACUUUGGUUAGCAUGACUCGACAGUAACAUGUCACUUCAGCACAGUGAAGGUUCACUGACGCGACACUUUGGUUAGCAUGACACGACAGUAACCCUUCACUUCAGCGCAGUGACGCUUCACUGGCGCGAAACUUUGGUUAGCAUGACACGACAGUAACCCGUCACGUCAGCACAGUGACGCUUCACUUACACGACACUUUGGUCAGCAUGACACGACAGUAACCCGUCACGUCAGCACAGUGACGCUUCACUUACACGACACUUUGGUCAGCAUGACACGACAGUAACCCUUCACUUCAGCACAGUGACGCUUCACUGAGGCGACACUUUGGUUAGCAUGACACGACAUUAACCCUUCACUUCAGCACAGUGACGCUUCACUGAGGCGACACUUUGGUUAGCAUGACACGACAGUAACUCUUCACGUCAGCACAGUGACGCUUCACUGAGGCGACACUUUGGUUAGCAUGACACGACAGUAACUCUUCACUUCAGCACAGUGACGCUUCACUGACGCGAAACUUUGGUUAGCAUGACACGACAGUAACCCUUCACUUCAGCACAGUGAUGCUUCACUGACGCGAAACUUUGGUUAGCAUGACACGACAGUAACCCUUCACUUCAGCACAGUGACGCUUCACUGAGGCGACACUUUGGUUAGCAUGACAUGACAGCAACCCUUCACUUCAGCACAGUGACGCUUCACUGAGGCGACACUUUGGUUAGCAUGACACGACAGUAACCCUUCACUUCAGCACAGUGACGCUUCACUGAUGCGACACUUUGGUUAGCAUGACACGACAGUAACCCUUCACUUCAGCACAGUGACGCUUCACUGAGGCGAAACUUUGGUUAGCAUGACACGACAGCAACCCUUCACUUCAGCACAGUGACGCUUCACUGAGGCGACACUUUGGUUAGCAUGACACGACAGUAACAUGUCACUUCAGGACAGUGACGCUUCACUAACACCACUCUUCACUGUUGCAGUACUUUACUGACUUGGUAACGUGACACUUUGGUUAAAACGAUGUGCCGAUCAUUUGCUGAUGCGACACCCGUGCAAUACAUCGUAUCAGGGGGUUAUAACGAAUAAUGGGUGGAUGAGGCUUCGUAAAACAUUUUCAGCGCUCAGUAGAUGCCACGCUCUGUUUAACAGUUAUGUCUGGUUUCAAGAUUUCAGAACAAAGAGCGCCAUCUCGUGAGCUGUGAAAAUGAGGACAAGCCUCAUGAGUCCAUCACAGGUUUAGCCAUCGACACAAUACUGAUUUCUUAACUCAAAAUGGCCUGUGAGAUGGAUGAAAUGGGUCUAUUUCUCCCACAGUCCUUGGGCGCAGCUCAAGCUGGUCUGUCUCUGCUCAGCCCGCAGUGGCGACUCUCCACCCAGGAUACAAUGAAUUCAAGUCAGUUCAUGCUCACCAAAGUUAGGCCAAGCUCGUCGUCUUGUUUUCGCUCCGCGUCCUCCAUUCUGGCCUCAGUGUCCUUCCAGCUCUGCGUCACACAGGACUGAAUGUGGGCUGCGAGCAAUAACCCUCCGUCCCAGGGACGGUGCGUGCACGGUGGGGAGGGCAAGAGCUUUUGCAGUGCUGCAUGAUUGUACGUACAGAAAGAGAAGCACAUUUCAAUGAGAAGUGAAAUCAUUCACACAUUUUACUGACUGUGGAACUCUGUGAUUCCGUGUACUUCUGUUCUGAAACUGUGAAAUAUUGUGCAUGCGUUUUUAGAGGGUUCAGACUCACAAUGCCAACGGCCAGUCCAGCGACCUUCCUGCCAGUGUGAGUUUAUGUAUGCUGUUUUGGAUCUUCCACCAACAGCCAACCAAGCACCUCGUAGCUCUCACCUCAACCAUUUAGCAACAUCACAUUUCUCAAUAAAUUGAGC